UCCAGUAACAGACAGGGUUCAGAUCUUUUCUCUAACGGUCUCAUGGCCUCCCCCGACGCAAGAUACAUUUCAAGUGCCAUCACUGCAGCACGAAAUCUGCUUAGUCUCACCACGGAGCUAGAUCCCCGAAUGAUCAUGUGUUACCUUCCAUCACGGUACCACCUCUACGGACUCUAUGCUGCAGUAUUUCUAUAUAAAGCCCUUAUUCAGGGGCUAUCCGAGGCCAGGCUCAGCGGAACCAAGUGGGAGACCUGGCACAGGCCUUCAUAUUGACCUUGGACCAAGUGGCCUCGACUGAGCCGCAUAUCUGCCAGGGAUAUAGUGUCC